AUGAUAAUAAUACUUGUUAUUUUCUUUGUUCAUUCAACUUUCGGACAAUUCACUUCGCAAACCUAUCCUGAUCCUCGCUUGGAUCCUUUAUCAUGUCGUUUGGCUCUUCCAUCACCUGUUUGUGAUCCAUCAGCCGUGGUUACUGAUGAAGAACGUGCAAAUCUCAUUAACAAAGUUAAUCAGCUUCAAUCAGUAACACGCGGAAUUCGUAACACAUCUCCUGCUUGUGUUCUACAACCAGAAAAGAACAUGGAGAUAAUCAUCGCCAUCGUUGAUAAGAUCGGUAACAUCCCAGGUGCACCAGUCGAUAUUGAAAAGUUCGCCAACAAUCUCAAGCGCCGUUAUCAGAAUUUCCAAGAUAUCUCAGUUUGUGACACAACCAUCCUCAUCGUCAAUUCUAGACAAGAUCGACAGGUAUUCACCGUUGCUGGAAGAGAUGCUCGAAUUUCAAAAGAAACAUUGAAAAAUGCAUUCGAAAGGAAUAUUGCUCAUUUCAAAACUGGACGCUAUGCUCUAGGCCUUGAAGGAAUGAUUGAGGUUAUUGUUGCAGCAUACACUAAUGCUCAUAUUGUCCAAAUACCUUCACAGGAGAACUUCCGACCAGAAUCCAAUUUUGUCCCCAUAACAUCAGAGCCACAGCCAUUCAGGGCAGCAGGAAUCCCCAACAGUGUGCAGCCAGCUAAGAAGAACUUCGAGAUAUCCGAGCAGAUUGAUGAGAAAGAUCAAGUUUGGGUUACCAUCAUGCAACAAGCCUUGGCCAGAUGUGGUCAGGACACCACCAACCUUUCUAAGCACGUGAAAGCUGUAGUUGAGGAAGCUAUGAGCAUUUCUUUGAAACUCAUCUCUGAUACUCGUUAUAACUCAAUCGAAGAAGAAGUUGAAACUAACAAGGACGUCUUAGGAAUUAGAGACAGAGCUUGGGAGACAGCCAAAACAGAAUUCAUACUUCCUCUUUUCAACAGAUAUAAGAAUACAAUCCUCAACAACUCCAACAAUCAGUGUCCUUCAUCAGCUUCUUCAUUUCAAAGAAAGAGAAGAGUAUGA